CCUUCUGCCAAGUUCCGACACGGAUCUACUCCGCAACACAUCGCGCCGAAGCUAAUCUACUCUCUUUCUCUCGGCAGCCAAAUAACGUUGGCUGUUAAGGUUCUUACUAGAAUAGUGCUUUAGUCUUGGUUCCAUGUACUAGUUAGUUAACUAAAGUCUAUAUAUAGACACAUACAUUGUAUUUGUAACGAACACUAACGAUGAAUAACAUAAUCUCAUUUCAUCAUGUAACAAACUCUUCUCUUCUCUCUGUCACUCAGCUUAAGAGAUGAGGGGUUCUGCUCCUUAACCCCAACUCCCACCACAGGUUCUUGUGAUCAACCAGGAAGAUAGAAGAUCAAACUCCCAUGGAACCUCACUGUGAGUAUUAGUAAUAAUCGUAACUUCGUGAAAACGUUAGAAAAAAAAUAUGGUUAGGUGAUCCGGGAACUUGAACUGUAAUAGGCUUAGUGACAUGUAGUUGGUGGAUUUAGUAUUUGUAUUUUUUUUCUACCACAUGUGUGGUUUAACUGUUUAAGUAACUUCAGAGGCAAAAGGUGAGUGGCCACUAGGCAUACACAUCAUCCAAAAAGUUGAUUAGAAGAUUUGUCUCUUAUCCAAUAUCCAAAUGUCUAUCUUAAAAGUUAAAAUACAUCAACACCUUGAAGUUGAAGCAUAUCUAUUGCCCAUCCUUCUGACUAGGACUUCUAGAACCAGACUCAUACCUCUGACUCUCAUCUAUCCACUAUCUUAUAUGUAAAUGUUACUUUUAUGCUCUGUCUUCACUUCACAUAAACGAACUGAGUCAGAGAAACAAAGAAGGUAGAGAGAGACAUGGAUGCUUGUUUUCUUACCUCAAGAUCAAUCUCUGGUGUCAAAGAUCUUGUCCCAUUCAUCAAAACCAGAAUCUUUUCCUGCCCCAAAAGAAACUCCAGCCAGUUUCUCACCAGGAAGGUUGCUUCUCCAAUCUCUAUAAACUGUUCUCUUUCGGAUUCAUGGAAGCCACUGGAGGAUGAUGCUGACCUCUUCAAGGACUGUGUUAACAACAGUUCUACAUCAGAAGCUGCUGACUGGAGAGAGUUCAGGGCAAGGCUCGUAGCUGGAGAGCAAGCUGCAACCCCUGAGAAGGACUCUAACAAAUGGGCACACAAGAUCCACGAGCCAGAGAAAGGAUGUCUCCUAAUAGCAACAGAGAAGCUAAACGGAGUCCACAUCUUCGAAAAGACGGUGAUCCUCCUCCUCUCCGUUGGUCCCUCAGGUCCCGUAGGAGUCAUCCUCAACCGCCCCUCGCUCAUGUCAAUCAAGGAGACCAAAUCAACGGUCCUAGACAUGUCCGGAACGUUUUCAGACAAGAGCCUCUUCUUCGGUGGGCCUUUGGAAGAAGGGCUGUUGUUCCUGGUGAGUCCUGGCGAGGACAACGAGGUUGAGAAGAGUGGGGUGUUCAGACAAGUGAUGAAAGGGUUGUACUACGGGACGAGGGAGAGUGUAGGAUUGGCUGCAGAGAUGGUGAAGAGGAAGGUGGUGGGGAGUAGUGAGAUGAGAUUCUUUGAUGGGUAUUGUGGUUGGGAGAAAGAGCAGUUGAAAGCAGAGGUGUUGGGUGGGUAUUGGACUGUGGCUGCUUGUAGCUUGAGUGUUGUUGAGGUUGGUUCUGCUGUACAGAGUCAAGGUCUUUGGGAUGAGGUUGUUGGUCUUAUUGGACCUCAAACUGGUUCUGUUAUCUAAAUUAACUGUGUUUUUUUUUUCUGUAAUGGUUUAUAUCAGUGAGUUAUGAGUUAUAACUGUUGUAUAUGUUCCAUCUCUAAUUUAUUAAUGUGAGUGUUUCUACUUUCUAUAUCA